AUGGCGCUGCCAUCAACCAGGCCCAUUACCAACUCGGUUCAAGCUUUGGACCUCAUCCCCAUAUUAAACUCCAUAACCUCCCUUCUCCAAACCCUAAAUCCCAAAACCCCAAACCCUAAAAACAUCAGUUCAGCGCCUCUAAACCGCUUCUCCCCUUUCCUGGACCCAAACUUUGUCACUCUCGUCAUCACCAAACAAACCAACCCAUACCACGCUCUCUUCUUCUUCAACUGGGCAUCAAACCCAAACCCCAAAAACUACGCCCACAAUCUCAGAUGCUAUGAAGCCAUCACAAAUCUCCUCUUUCACCACUCUUCAUUCCACCCCGCCAUUAAACUCCUUAAGAAAUCUCAAAACCUCUCGGAUUUCUUCAUCGGCAAAAUCAUCAAGGCGUAUGUUAAGGCUAACAUAAUCGAUUUACUCAAAUCCUUGUUUGAUAACGUUGUGAAGGAAGGUGGGUUUCAACCCGAUGUGUCUUCGUAUACUAUACUGAUAAGUGGUCUGUGCAAAAAAGGGAUGGUCGAGAGUGCACAGAAGGUGUUCGAUGAAAUGCCGUGCAAGCCGAAUUCGUUUACAUUUAACACUUUGAUUAAUGGGUUUUGUAAGAAGGGUGAUAUGGAGAGUGCAAGUUUGCUUCUCGAUAAGAUGACGACUCAGGUGGAUUGCUUGCCUGAAGUUGUAACUUACACUACCAUGAUCGAUGGAUAUUGCAGGAAAGGAGAAUUCGUCAAGGCCAAUAAGCUUUUGAACAAGAUGCUGAAAGGGGGUUGCUCACCUAAUGUGCUAACUUAUAAUGCAAUUAUAUAUGGUUUGUGUCUUAGAGGGAAAUUCGACGAGGCAAAGACGAUGAUGUCCGAGAUGAGGUUGAAUGGUGUGAAGGAUAAUGCGGCAACUCAUUUGAGUAUAUUGAAAGGGCUUUGUAUUGCAGGAAGGAAGGAAGAUCGUGAAGCGGUUUCCCUUUUGACGGGAAUGUGCGGUAGAGGCGUUAGUCCGAAUGUAAGUUCUUUCAACGCGGUGUUUCGGAAACUCGAGGAGAUGAAGGAGCUCGAUAGAGGUGUUUUGCUUCUACAACAGAUGCCCCGAAUGGGUUGCUCGCCUAAUCAUGUGUCGUAUAGUACUGUCAUAUGUAGUCUUUGUCGGACCAGAGGUAGGAUGCUUGAGGUCGGAUAUCUGGUUGAUGACAUGCUUCGAAAUGGUAUUAACAUCGAUGCCACGACGUGA